AUUGCAUCAGCUCUUUGGACUGGUAGUGUGAACGUUUAAAGACAGAAAUAUGGAAGAAGUUCUAGGAGCUGCAUCAGCCGUGAGUGAUAUCAAUGAUGGGAGCAGAAUAAGAAAAAGAGCUAAUAAAAAGCAAAGGAGGAAACGUGGAAAAUACCAAGAUCCAGAUCCGGAUUUAACAAAAUUUAAGCGAGCGUGUUCACAUGAUAAUAAACCUUUCCAGUGUCAAAAAGUCAAAAUAUCUGACAAAACCAUGCAAGAUAUGAAGCUUUGCCACAUGAUCAGCGUUUCUACCACUGCAAGGAAGCGACUUGUGAAGAACAAUCCUCGACAGCGAACAAGGGCAGCAAUUUUUUUUUUAAAGUUAAGGGAACUAGAUGAACAAAGGCAGCUAAAGUUUGUAGAUUUUUUUUAUGGCAGCAGUGGGCGUUAA